AUGCCGAUCGUAACGACGACGACGACGCGCACUACGCGGACCUACCACACCACGAACGGAGGAGUAAGGUGCGUGCUCUUCCGAAUUUUUGAGGAAUUUUCAAACUCUGAAAACACACAAUGCUUUUUUAUCCAACUCUCAAAACUACCUGCCAGGUUUACUCGGAGGCUGAUCAGGUAGCUGAUAAAUUUUGACAAAUUCUAUAUUCAAACAUGUGUUAUAAAACCAAAACAUAGGCCAAAUAAAAAAAACCCCAAGCUUCAGGCUUUCUUUGUUCCGCCCGUUUCUCACAAAAAGAUAGUUCCAGACGUCAUUUUUAAUUAACUCAAAUUCUCAUAGAAAGUGUCUUUGCCAGAUUUUUUUAUUGGUCGGUGCUGACUUGAAACGAAUGUAAAACUCGGUCCCCUCAUGCCGAAGAACUUUUGUUUAUUACACUGGAUUUGUUUCCGAUCGAAACACGUGCCAGUGCUCGAUGAGCUGAAAAAAUUCUCGACUCUCAAGUUCAUACUAUACCUGUCUAAAAACUUUCAUCAACAUUUUCCGAUAAGCAGUUGAAGUUUCAUAACUUCCAAAAACCAAAGUGAAGUUCAAAACAAGUAUGAAAAAUUGUUAUUUCCGACGCUCGCGUCAUUUUGCUCUUUCAAACCCCCAGAGCCUUCGGAUGAGUGGUGCUGACUCAGAAAGCGGCUGCCAACCAAACCGUUUGUUCCGUUUGAGAGAGAAAACUCUUUUGAACAAGUUGUGAAACCGCAAUGUGGUUGAGUAACUUUUCCCUAGGCAUAGACGAGUUCCAAACGACCGCACCUUCGCGGUCGACCGUCACCGCCAAACGACGGAAAAUGUUGAAAUGUACUGUUGAUCGCUGCCGUUUUGUGCAUGUGAUGCACGCGACUGGUUUUCCUUCGGCCUGCCGGCGCUAUUUCGACGCCAAGUGUCUUGGCACAAAAACAACACAUUUCUCAGCUGUCUCCGUAUCAACAAUCGCACGGUAUCAGCCGCUAUCACAACGAGUUGCGAUCACUAAUGAAAAUGAUUGAAAUGUCCGAACUAACAAAAAUCAAUUGAACAAUUUGCUGAUUUUUCUCUUCAAAUGAUUUAAUCUAGUCAUCGUUAGAAACUUCUUUCAGAAAUUUUUUUUCUCCUUGAAACAUUUUACCGAAAUGUUGAACAAGGUGAAUCACAAGCAUUAUGUAGAAAUGACAUUCAGGAAGAAAACUGAUACAUUAUAUUUCGAUAUGAAUGACCAAAAUUUUUAGUAAAGCACAAUUUUGUGCACAAAAAAAGUUAAGAAUUUUCUAUUAGAGAAAUCACGGCUUUUUAUUUGACUUUGGUUUGAAGAAAUUAAGUUAUAGCUUUUUUUCUAAAAAUUUUUUUCAAAUCAAGCUUAGGCUCGGAAAGUUUUUUUUAUACCUCUCGUUUGAUUAUUCUAGUAACUAAAAAAAGGACGACAGGUUUUUUUGACCUUCCCAGAUGUCUUCCAGACAGUAGUUUGGACAUAAAAACAGAACAAGCUCCUUUUAACGAUUUGCCUCUUUGAAAAAAGUCAAGAAAAGUUCGAAGCAAUGUUUUUUUUACCGCAGUUCGGGGCAAAUACUUUUAUUUUCUAAAUUGAAAAGUUUAACAUUAUUUAGGUCACUCUCCAGAAAUCGAGCAAAAUCAAACUUUUUUUUUAGCGUAAUAACUAACAAAAGAAGAACGUACUUGUAGUUUUUCUCUCUAAAAAACGGCGAGAAGAUGUACUCAAAUCCGUGACGAUUUCAAAUAGGUAAGGACUCUCUGUGAAUACUCAUAUUUUUCAUACUGAAUUCGUGAAAACGGGAGUUUAUGUACCAGAAAAUCAUCCAUUUGUGGCACAACAAAGCCAAGGACACUUGAAAUCCGCCUGUCCUUGCGUUAUUUCCUCGAAAAUUUCGUGAGGCGAAAAACACGCAAGCAAAUAGGCCUACCUUCAAUUCUCCUGCACCUUUCGUCUACCCAAUUUUCCAUUUCGGAGGGACAUGUUGGCAAUGCCAAGGAAAAGUUUUUGUUAGUCGUCAUAUAAAAACAGAGCAAACUGAUAAUCGAAGAUAACAGAAAAUCACUACUUUUUCUGACUUUUUGCACACUCUCGACUAUCUUGCUUGAAAACUCCUAUUCUCGAUUUUUCUCAAUUGCUUGGUUUAAAAAAAAUGACUAGAAGUAUUUUCCACGGCUUGAAAAUUUUCAUUUCAUUCGAGUUUGAUUCGAGCAAAAAUAAGAAAGUCUUUAAGUUCUUGGAAAAAUAAAUAGGAGGAAAUUAAACAAGCCCUUCUUCCAAAUUAAAACUUCAGCAAACCCGUAGAUCUUUGGCUGUUCGCUAGAGAUUGUUUUUCUAUCCCGAGAAAUUUCAGACGCUUUUUUUUGAAUAAGAAACGCGAUCGUCAAAUUCAGUUCCGAGGCACAUUAGCUGUAGUGAUGUAUCAGAUUUCAGAUGGGGGAAAUCAUUUAUUGAAGGCCGAUGUAAACAAAAUUUGAAAUGAGAAGAAUUUUUGAAUUUUCUAACUUGUCACGAACACUUAAAGAUACAAUUCUGUUUACUCGCAUCUGGUUCUUGUGUGCACUCAUACUCUGGUCAAGAACUGUUCUUGGUAGUCGUUUCAAAUUCCUAGUGAAUAAACAGAGUGAGAGUUCUGACCUCUUAGAAGGACUGUGCGUCGGUCAGUUUGCCAUGGUUUUGCUGAACUCACAAAUUUUUACAAUGGCGUAUCUUGUAUGAGAAAAACUCCAAAAAUUGGCCAAAAAAGAAUAAACUCGGAAAUCUGUUUUGUAUUCUUUCUCAAAAUUUUUUGAAUAUUGAACAGCUCCUCAAGUUAUGCAAAUGCCACAGAACCGACAGCUCAUGCUACAGUCCUCGCGCCGAAAGGAAGGUCAAAAAAAGAGAGAAAAGAAGGGGCUGUGGGAGCGUCGACACCACAACAACACGUCAUGUGUCGACCGCGUGGCGCGCGAUCCACCGACCAAUGAUCACCCUUACGAUUUUUCAAACCGACCUAGUCCUUUGCUUGCUUCGAUGGUCUAAUCACUCAUUCUUGCGUGACGUAAACAAAGGACUCUAAAUUUUCUAGUAGCCUCUUUGUAGAGGCUUGAACCUGAAAAAAAAAAAUUCCAAAUAAGUCCUUAUUGAUAAGAGAUUUAUAUCGAAAACCAUUGCGAGAGUUUGAAAAUUUUUUUUAAUUGAUAACAGCAGUUUCUGAAUUCCAAAGCCGAAUUCGAUGCUCGAAGCGACUUGAACAUGAACAUAACGAAGCCAGGGAUUUUUCCUCCUGAUAGUUUGAUACCACGAAACUAAAUCGAACGGCCGAUGAGAAGUUCAAUAGAAAGCAAAAAAAAAGGCCAACUUUGGAAUUUAUCGAAUAUUAGGUAGCCUCCCCAAUGAAAUAAUUCUUGUAGUGCGGAGCGACUUUGACUGAAUAGGUCUCAUUGUUAUUAUUUUUCCGGCCACUAUAAAUGUUGACAGAAGUAGCUCUUCCGUUGAUUGAAGUCGAUAUCCGGCUUUUCCGUUGAUGGAAGUCAAUAUCCGGCUUUCCCAUCAACUCCUGUUUCGUUACUUCUUGCACUUGAUAGUCUCCUAUGCGUGGGGAUAAUGUGGGCGAUAAAACAUUGGUCUUCUCGAAAGUCAGCUGAGAAGCGAUAUUUGAUGUUUCUGGAAGAUUUGCCAUCAUUCCGCUUCAGAUAUUCACAAAACGCAAAAGUCCACGGAAACAUGCAAAAUUGUUUAUCAUUUCUGAGAGUGAUCGUGAACUGAUUUGCAUUUGCAGCAGCGGGAAUGCGAAUAAAACGGCGUUCAAAAAAAUAUUAUUGUUCCCAUCGGGAGCCGGAUUUUUGAACUUUCACAUGACGUACUCUUAUUGAAUACGGUAUGAAACAGGAGCAAUUUUUCAAGAAAAUGCCAGCUACACACGCUUUGGAAAAUGAAAUAUGAAUAAGUGGAGCUAUUUUUCACAGCCCACACCCGCAAUUUGGCCUUGCCGAGAGUGGUAGAAAAAAUUUUGCAAUUCGUCAGAACCUUGUCAAAAUGGAAUCUUUGGUGCAUUCUGAGUCACACAUAACCUAUCUUUUUUGUCCUAGCCAUAAAUCGCCUCCGGAUGCAAUCGGCGUGCUGCUGAAAAUCGUUUCCCAGAGCUGGCAAUUAUGCACCGAGAUAGAACAUAAAUAAAAAGUAAUGCGAAAAAGACAGUAGCCUUGGUGGGUUCGGGUUUGUUUUGACGGUAUCUGCUUUCGUGUUUUUUGGUCCACGCCUUGUUGUUGUGUGCUAUAUUGCUUCUAAACGAAAUAGUAAGCAAUUUGAUGAGCCUGUGUGAGAUUUUCGACUGGAAGAAACAAACAACAAGCGAAGGUCGUGAGCGUGGCCCCGCCUUCGGAGCGAUUGCGUCCGAUGCUACGGUGGGCGUAACCAUCACACUGCUCACCCCUUCUUAUGUAUCCGCUCCGGCCGACGGCGCACUCAGCCUCACAGUUGGCCUCGCCGGCCGGUCCGGCUUUCCUUAGGUGUCUUAGUCUCUGCAUCCAACUAGGGUAACUUGUAGAGCCUUUCCUUCAACACCUCUUAUCUCUUUCUAAGAAUCAACAAUGUUCAUAUAGCUUCUACUGCUAGAAAUAUCUUAAUUCAUAAAAAAGUUUAGCGAUUCAAAAUUGCUUUGUUCAGAUGUUAAGAUUUCAGAAUUUGAUAUCAAGCUUUUACAACCUUAAAAGGGUGCAGGGCCGUUUUUUUGAAGCAUCAACAUUCAUGAGAUGAAAUAUGAACACAUUUUUUUCAUCCAUUCAAAAUUAUCCAAAUCGAAACAAAAAACCUCCAAGUUGCAAUUUCGAAACCUAGUAAAACUCUUCUCAGUGAGGAUUCUAGUCAUGAAAUGUUAGGCCUAUCUCACGCAAUUUGGCUAGGAGCCAAGGGAUCAGAGACCAAGUCCGACCCAUUUCAUCCAAAUGUCCUCUGCCACUCCAGCAAGAUCGUUUAUAGCGCUUUCAUUUCCUUCUUUUUUCGAUUCGCGACCUCAGCAACGCUUCAAAGAACACUUUCCCUCCGAAAAAAUUGUUGUUUACGACCGAACGAUUUUGUUUAUGCGAGGGGCGGAGCGUUGACAGAGGCCGUGCCGCAAUUCACUGUUUCGUUCCUCGCGCCUCGUGAAUGGUCUCAUCAUUUCUAACGUCUUUAAAGAUUACAGAAUGGGCGAGAUCUCUCUUAACACCCGCUACCUCUCCACCAACCGAGGAAUCAUCAAGAUCCUCCAGAUCGUCGUUGGAUUCAUCGUCUGCUCCCUUCUCUGCUCCCAAUGGUGAGUAUGAGUAUCAUAAGUUUCAAAUGAAGUCUUUGAAAACUUUGAACUUUCCUGAAAAAGCUAAAGAACUUUCAGCAUCUCAAAAAAUUGCUCUUAAAAAACUGAGAAGGUUGACUUGAAUGAGUUUGUCUUUCGAAAUUCAUUUGUUGGGGGAUAGCUGGAAGGGGGCCAAAAGUCUGCACAUGAUGUUUUCGGCCUUUGUUAUGUGGCCUUUCUUUCUUCUCAAUGACUUCGGCCUCUCUCAAGAAAACGUUGUCUUCCCUGGUAAUCAAACGUCGGAGUCGGAGCCACAUGUUGUGCCGAAAUGUGUGCAAAAUAGUCUUGAGUCAAUGUCAGAAACACUACAGAAAACAAAAGGGCUAAAAGAUAAACUAUGACUCCAGGUACGGCGGUCGUUCGUGCUUCGGAGAAGGACGUCUUGGAUUUGCCUCGGGUCUGAACUUCGUUUGCGUCGUCAUCAACAUCGUGCUCUUCGUCCUUAACUUCCUCAACAUCGGAGCCUGGGGACUGGUCAGCUCAACCGAUGAAUUCGGAAGCAUACUUUUCUGGUUUAGGAGCGCAUCUACUCGGUGAUCUGCUGCGUGCUCUUCCUGAUCGCCUCGAUUCUCCUCGUCUGGUUCAUCAUCGAGGUCAACACCUCGCACGGAUGGCUCAUUGCCAGCGCGGUUAGUGAUAGAAAAAAGAAACCCGAUAUCGAAAAUGUUCUUUACAGGUACUGAUCGUGGUGGAGUUCCUCCUGUUCCUCUGGGACGUCAAGAUCCUCCAAGGAGAGUCGCCCAACUAA